AUGAGAGACAACGGAGGAGCAGAUACGAGCCAACCCGAGGAAACCGAUUCCACUAACAUCCCCAACAAUAAACAGCAAGCCUCCAUCAAAUCAAUCACAUCUCAGCUCAAGGAUAUGGCGUUGAAGGCUUCGGGAGCUUACAAGCACUGCAAUCCGUAUACUGGAUCGGCGACAGUCCAAGGCCGAGUUAGAAACAACGUGGAAUCGGAUGCCGACUCGGACCGGUUCCAAUGGUCAUACCGGCGGACGGGGAGUUCGAGCUCGACAACGCCCAAGACUUGGGGGAAAGAAAUGGAGUUGAGGCUUAAAGGGAUCUCAAGUUCGAGUGGACGGAGAGUAGAGCCGCCGAUCGUGUUCGUCGUUCAAGUCGAGUCCCAUUCGUACCCCAAAGUAGGCGAGGAAGCAAAGGACUCUGCUUCCUUACAUGGGUCCUUCUUCUCUUCUCCUCCUUUCCUUCUUGUACGGACGUGGCAGCCAUGAAAGAUUAAUAAGAAAAUAGAGGAAGGUAGUUGAGUUGGAGACUUGGAGUUGCAAAAAAAAAAAAGAAGAAGAAAAAAGAAAGAAAAAAGAAGAAGAAAAAGAAAAAAAAAAAUUUAAAAAAUUAAUUUUGUAAAAUUAAAAAAAGAAAAAAAGAAAAAAAAUUAAUUUUUUUUUUCUGAUUUUUUUAUUUUUUAAAUAUUUAUAAUUAUUUUUUAAAACUAAUAUUACGUGGACCACUAAAAAUUUGCGUGUACAAGUGUAUACACGUGGGCAGUCCACCGUGGCACUUCACUGUGAUUUUUGGACGGAGGUGUGCAGAGCAAAACGGAACCAGGGUUUAGGUAGUUUAGCUGCCAAAAUUUUGGUUUUUGUGGUUAAGUGUUACA